UUUCGCUUAGUUAAACGCGAACACUUACGGGAUCCGGAGAAAAUCUAUCCAAACGGAGGACUCGUCGGGCUAUGAAUUUCGGAGAAAUAGUCGUUUAAUUAAAAAGUUACGCCAAUAUGAGUUCCGCCGGUAGCGAUAAAUACCAGUACUUAGCUGCCAUAAGUGUAAAUAUAAUUUCUAUAUCGUAUGGCGCGUUUUGUGGUUGGCCAUCAUCCAGUUUUCUGGAAUUGUCAUCAGAGGACAGUCCCUUGGAAACGGGUCCUUUGAGUCCCAAAGAUCAGGGAUGGGUGGCCUCGAAUAUUUGUUUGGGUGGCCUAUUCGGAACCCUUUUGUUUACCUGGUUGGCGGACAAAAUUGGCCGGAAAUGGAGUCUCAUGUGGAUGGCGCUGCCGAAUUUGCUCGGUUGGGUUAUAAUACCCUUUGCCCGCAACCCAAUGCACCUGAUAAUCGCCCGAUUUAUUGGGGGCGCGGCGGGAGGCGGAUGUUUUACGGUUAUACCUAUAUAUGUUUCUGAACUCGCAUCGGACAACAUUCGCGGCAUUUUGGGUGUGUUUUUGGUGCUGACCUGUAAUUUUGGUAUCGUACUGGCCUUCGUUCUUGGAUAUUACUUUAACUAUGCUCAGGUGUCCUGGAUAGUCUCCUCAUUAUCCUUCGUGUUUGUGGGCUGCUUUUGGUUUAUGCCUGAGACACCGCAGCAUUUGGCCAGGGUAAACAAGAUUGAUGAGGCAGAGCACUCGCUGCGGUAUUAUCGUAAUAUAAAGGCGAAUCCGGCCAAGGAGCUGAGUGAGGAGCUGCAGCUGGAGUUGCAGAAACUGAAAACCACGGAGAAACCCGGCGGGGAUGCCGAUGAUGAGGAUAACGAAGCCAGCGGUGUCACCUGGGCUGACUUCGCUGAGGGCAAGACCCGCAAGGCCUUCCUGAUUGGAUUGGGUCUAAUAAGCUUUAAUCAACUGUGCGGCUGCUUUGCCAUGUUGAAUUAUACGGCAGUGAUAUUUGAGCAGUCGGGAUCCAGUAUGCCACCCACGAUGGCUGCCAUUGUGGUGGGUUCCAUUCAGCUAGUGGGCACCUAUACAUCCACCGUUCUGGUGGACCGAUUGGGCCGGAAGAUACUGCUCCUGGUUUCGGCGGUUGGAAUUGGAUUCGGCCAAAUUGCCAUGGGCACAUAUAGCUACUUGCAGGUGUCCGGAUAUGAGGUAUCCGCCUUCAGUUGGGUUCCCAUUAGCGGGUUCUCAUUCAUGAUGCUCCUGGCAGCCGUCGGAUUGCUAUCCCUGCCCUUCCUGGUCGUAUCGGAGAUAAUGCCGCAGAAGAUUAGGAGCACUGCGAUAAUGAUUCUCAUGUCGGUGCUAUGGGUGAUUUCCACCAUCACCAUCAAGUUAAUGCCCGUUUUCACUGAAACACUGGGAAUGCACGGAACCGUCUUCAUGUUUGCCAUCCUAUCCUUCUCAGCGGCUAUUUUCAUUGCCAUUUUCUUGCCCGAAACCAAGGGCAAGACAGUCGAAGCCAUCUUGGCCAGCCUUUAGUAUUAAUAACUUUAUUAUAAAUGAAUUGUUAUUGUUUUGAAAUAAAUCU